GGCAGUGCACGUCUGUCACCUGUGUUACUGUGUGGUGAGACAUUUUUAUAUACAGCCUGUGGGUGAGACAGUAGUUAGACACCAGACUGCUCACGACAGCUCUUCGGUCCUUUACAAAGAUGCAGAGGUGGGUUGUGUUCUGCUGGGCUCUCCUCGCCCUGGUUGCUGCUGAAGAGUGUCCAGAUGGAGGGAGAUGUGCAGAAGGUCAAACCUGCUGCAACGACCCGACAAAUGGGUACGAAUGCUGCCCAUUGGAGCAGGCAGUGUGCUGUGGGGAUGACACACAUUGCUGUCCUGCAGGCACAAUCUGCAUUUCAGCAACAUCCAGCUGUGUGAACGCCACUAUGUCCAUCCCCUGGGUGGAAAGAGCUUCCGCUGGUCAACCUAGACUCUCCAAAUCCUUUAGGAUGAUCAAGACGUACAUGGGGGAGGAAGAUGACAACAUCUGUCCCGAUCAAUCACGAUGCCCUUCCGAGUUUUCCUGCCUGAAGGCCCUGACGAGGUUUGGCUGCUGUCCCCUAGCUCAGGGAGUCCCCUGCACUGAUGGAAAACAUUGCUGUCCAGAGAGCCACCAGUGCAGUGAAGACAGUAGGUCCUGCAUCAGAAAAGAUCUUGUGACUGUUGUUUUGUGCAACGAGGGAGUGUCAGAGUGUCCAGAACAAACCACCUGCUGUGAAGGCCCAGAAGGCACAUGGGGAUGCUGCCCAAUGCCAAAAGCUGUUUGCUGUGAGGACAAGCUGCACUGCUGCCCUGAAGAUUGCACUUGUGAUAUCCAAAACUCCAAAUGUAUUUCCUCAUCCACCAAAAAAGAGAUGCCAAUGUGGGCCAAACUCCCAGCCAGGAUCCGAGCAGAGUGGGAGAACCAGAAAGAGGCUGAAAAAGUGACUGCAGGGGAAGCUAAUGAUGGUGCAUCAGACAAAUCCCCCAAGGUCACCACAGCAGUUACAGUUCCCCCUUCAGAGGAGGAAACAUCUGUGUCAUCUGUCACUAAAGUGGUUGGAGGUAACGACGUCCCGUGCAAUGAUACAGUAGCCUGCUUGGACGGGUCAACAUGCUGUAAAGACGAAGACCAUGAGUGGGCUUGCUGUCCUCUGCCAGAGGCUGUUUGCUGUGAAGAUUUAAUACACUGCUGCCCGAAAGGUCAAAAGUGUAAUGUAACCAGCCAGACCUGCAAUGACAACACAUGCUCGAUACCCAUGGUCAAGAAGAUCUCAGCGAUCCCCAGACAGCGUGCACCAGUGGGGCGUGUUACUUGUGACUCCACCACCAGUUGUAGAGAUGGCUCCACAUGUUGUAAAAACAAAUCGGGCGGCUGGGUUUGCUGUCCUCUGCCAGAGGCUGUUUGCUGUCAAGAUCUUGAACACUGCUGCCCAAAAGGUAAGCAGUGCAACCUGGCGGCCCAGACCUGCGACGAUGUCACAAGCUCCGUGCCGUGGCUGGAGAAGGUUGCUGCCCUCCCCAGGCAGGACACACAGGUGGGGGAUGUUCCAUGCAACGCCACCGCUGCUUGUGAAGAUGGCACCACGUGUUGUAAAACCAAAGAUGGUGGCUGGUCGUGCUGUCCUCUACCUCAGGCUGUUUGCUGUCAAGAUCAUGAACACUGCUGCCCAAAAGGUAAGCAGUGCAACCUGGCGGCCCAGACCUGCGACGAUGUCCCAAGCUCCGUGCCGUGGCUGGAGAAGGUUGCUGCCCUCCCCAGGCAGGACACACAGGUGGGGGAUGUUCCAUGCAACGCCACCGCUGCUUGUGAAGAUGGCACCACGUGUUGUAAAACCAAAGAUGGUGGCUGGUCGUGCUGUCCUCUACCUCAGGCUGUUUGCUGUCAAGAUCAUGAACACUGCUGCCCAAAAGGUAAGCAGUGCAACCUGGCGGCCCAGACCUGCGACGAUGUCCCAAGCUCCGUGCCGUGGCUGGAGAAGGUUGCUGCCCUCCCCAGGCAGGACACACAGGUGGGGGAUGUUCCAUGCAACGCCACCGCUGCUUGUGAAGAUGGCACCACGUGUUGUAAAACCAAAGAUGGUGGCUGGUCGUGCUGUCCUCUACCUCAGGCGGUCUGCUGUGACGACCACGUGCACUGUUGUCCCCAUGGCUCCACCUGUGACCUUGCCACCCUCACCUGUGACGAGACCGCCGGCUCGACGCCCAUGAAACAGAAGAUACCUGCAUUUGCCACCCCGGCUCCCACUCCAACAUCAAGUCCGGUCCCAAGCUCAACGCUAACAGAGGAGGAGGAACCUGAGGAGGACGAGAUCCCGACAGCACAAGAGGAGGAGGAUGAAGAAGUGAAAAGCAGAAUUAAGUGUGAUGACCAAACCAGCUGCCCUGAGCACAUGACCUGCUGCCUCAUAGCCGAGUCGAAGUGGGGCUGCUGCCCACUGCCAGAGGCGGUGUGCUGCAAGGGUGGGGAACACUGUUGCCCGGCCGACUACAAGUGUGAUGAGGGUGGGACACACUGCGCCAAAGGGGAGCUGGUGAUCCCAUCGUACACCAAGCUCGCAGCCACCACCACCACCACCAGCGUCCAGGCUGAUUCUAGCUCUGUGCAGUGCGACGCUCUGAAUCUGUGCCCUGAACGCAGCACCUGCUGUCAGCUGGUCACGGGCGAGUGGGGCUGCUGCCCACUGCAAAAUGCUGUGUGCUGCCCAGAUAAGGAGCACUGCUGCCCACAGGGCUACAGCUGCCACACGGGCUCCACAUCCUGCCACAAGCUCAUCAUGCUGCAGCUGGAGACCGUCCCGCUGACACCGGUCUACCUGCCCGAGCACCGACCCCGGCCCAGUCCUGUAGAGCAGACAGACAUCCACUGUGAUGAUCAGACCAGAUGCAAAGAAGGAAUGGCCUGCUGCAGGAUGUCCACCACGACAUGGGGCUGCUGUCCAUUUCCUAAUGCAGUGUGCUGCAGCGACAUGACCCACUGCUGUCCUAGCAGCUACACCUGCAGUGAAGCCGGCGUCUGCAACCACGACACCAGGCUUAACUGGGACAACUGGCACAUGUUCCUGUCCAACAAGAAGAGAGCCCUGAUUGUGUGAAACAUCCCGUCAUGUACAGGCAGUACUAAAUGCAUGUAAUAGGAAGGGUUAAUUGAGGGAAAUUACAAAUUGUUUUCUUAGAGUGUUGAAUGGAACUCAAGAGUUUGAUAUUUCUAUCUGCAAGUGUCUGACAAUGUUGACAAGUUAUUAAAAAUAAGAUCCAUGAUUAACUACUAUGAACAACUUUCAGUAAAAACAAAAAAUGAAACUUC